CCCCUAAGACACCGAAGAGGAGAUAUUCCACUUUUGGUUCCCGAUGGAGUGUGAGGGUGCUGGCUGAGUGGCCGCAGAGAGGUGUAGUCCGGCAUCCAGGAGACACACGUUCCUCCGGUGGGCCGCUGGUCUGUGCCCGUCACCUCUACCCUGCCCAGCCCUCUUACUGACCUUCAUCAUCUCCCCCUUAUCCUCCUCCCCUCCAGUGUGGUCAGGUUCAGUCUGGGGAGCCUGUCCUGGGUGAUCCGUACACAGCAGCUGUGUACAGGAACGAGUCUGAGCUAGGACAAGCCCUCAAACACUACCUUCCAGAGUUCGGCUUGAAACGUGAAGACGUAUUCAUCACCUCCAAGCUGAAGCUCUGAGCUGAGAAAAAAUCUAUGAAAUAUAAAAAGAAUUGAGAGCAGUGCAUUCAGAAACAGCAGCAUCAUGUCUUCUGUCACUGUUGAAGAGUUAAGAGAGAUUGAAGGCGGACUGACAUCACUACUUGAGCCUCAUGGGUUUGAAUGCCACCCAUUCAAGAUUGGCUGGUACAACGAACAGGUGUCCAAGCCUUUUGUGCUACCCUACCAUGAAGACACCGUAGCCUUCAUCAUCAUCAGCACACCGAGCAUGUUUGAGAAGGCUUUCAUUCCUUUCCUGGCCUCAGCAGACUGCCUCAGAGCCAAGCAGCAAGACCCUGUUGACCAGUGCAUGGUGAGGCAUUUCUCUGCCGUCAAAUCCAAUUACCCGGAGCUGGACAUUGAGACCAUCCAUGACUUUGAGACCACGCCAAAUAAGCGACCCAGAGUGCUGGUGCAGACGGCAGGACACGUGUCUGGGGCCGUGCGUUACUACCAGCGCAAAGACUUGUUGGCUGACCCGUGGAGUCCAGAGAAAAAGAUUUAUGGCGUUUGUCUGCACCCUGUGUUUGGGGGAUGGUUUGCCCUCCGAGGGGUGGCCAUCUUCAAGACCCUUAUCUGCCCUGACCUGCAGAAGAAGCUUCCCAGGGAAAUACUGGCAACGGAACAGGAGGUGGCUGAACUGUUACGCCGGUACAAUGAACACUGGGAGGACUGGUCAUUCAGAGAUGUCAUCACACCAAAGGAACGCUACUCCGAAGAGCAGAAGGAAUACUUUGCCACCAAGCCGGCUGAGCGAUUGGCACUCAUUGAAAAACUUGUGGCUAGUGUUUAGGGAUAUAUUAACUAGAGUCACCGUACACUAAACUGACCCAAGAGCCUCGCCCCCUCUUCCAUAACUAAGUGAGGUGAUUGGUUGGAUGAAAGGAGCCUGGAGUUAGGUGUCAGUGUUAUUUUGGAGGGAGGGUGAUGGAGGGGGUGGCGGGGUUUCCGGACUAAUUUAUUGUAUGAUGACUAUAGCAAGCAGGAGGUGAUGUGGUAAUGACAAAUAUUUAAACUUGUAGCUACUGUUGAGAAUUAGAAUGACUAACAAUCAGGAAGUGAAAUAAUAAUGACUUGAGAAAUGACGGUUUUGGAAUAUAAUGAUGAGCACAAAGGACAUGAUGUUACAAUGGUUUAGUGAGGUCUUGCCAAACGCCAGACCGUACAUAUUGUAACUUGUCUUCGUAGUGUGUCAUCUGAGGAUCAAAGUCAUGUGCACAAUACGACCACUUCUGCUUCUCUUAACACUGCUUACCAUGUGAUACUAUAGUGAAACCAAAUUGUCGAGUCCAUUUGGGUGUUGGCUCACAUGGGUCCAUUUCUCCCCUCUGCUCAGCCACACGGUCCCAACACCUAUUUUUUCCUGUCAUAUGUUACCUAUAGCUUACAUAUGAGAGGAAGGGAUAGGUGUUGGGACUGUGUGGCAGAGCAGAGGGGAGGAAAGGACCUGCGGGAGCCUACGCCAGACCGGCCUCGACAUAUUCGGAAGAGUAUAGCUCUAGAGUCUGCUGCUGCCACUUACUCUACCCUGGCACAACACUGCUAACCCAUGUGAUACAAGUGCUAGAUUCUCCUAGUGCCGCUUAAUUCUACCCUGGCACAACACCGCUGACCCAUGUGAUACUAGUUCUAGAUUCUCCUAAUGCUGCUCAGUCAUAGAACAGCCAGUACCUAAAUACCAGCAUGUAAGGCACUCUUAUAACAGAACACAUUGGCAGCUUCUAGUGUUUACAUUUUUCGCUGAUCUUCUAUUCCGAGCACACAGGCAGACUGCAAGUUGUAAUAUUCUACUCUUAAUGUAUUGCCACUGUGCUUUUGAAAAUAAUUUAAAGUCUUCUUUUGAUGGCUGUUUAUUUGCUCCACUAUUCCGAGCACACAAACAGACUGCAAGUUGUGGUACCAUAUUCUGACGUGUUAUCACUGUGUUCUUGAAAAUAAUUUUGGUGCUCUGUGUGUUAAGUGGUGCAUAUAUAUUGGUUGCAGCCAGUGAAUCAUCUCUUUACAAAUUAGCACUAUGUUUUUGUUUUUAAAGCAAUCAAAAUCUUAUCUUUGUGACAAGUUAUUUUUUCCCUGCACUCGGUGUUUGUGAUAGGUUGUGAUUACUUAGUCCGGCUGGUGCUACAUGUGAUGUGUUGUAUAUAUUUGAAUGAACAGAUGAUAAUCUGUCAGUAUUGUUUUGGUUUGGGGUUAUAAAAUGUUGGAAAUAUAUUGAAAAAGAUUCA